UGAUUAGAUUAUUGGCAAUGGCAGUUCUGAUUUGACACAUUAUUCUGUUGACUUACAGUAUUUGUUACCACCUAACCUAACUUCUGUAGCUAGUAAACUGCGGUUUUCGCAUAUUUUAUAAGAAUGUCUCUGGCCGACGAAUUAUUAGCUGAUCUAGAAGAAAACGAUCAUGAUGAUUUUACAGAGACAAUGGAUGAAGAUACUGAAGUAGAGAAAAAUGAAGAAAUGCCAAAUAUAAAUGAUGUUAUUAUGGAACAAGAUAUCACACAGAUAAACUCAGUCAGAGAACUCUGUAAGUUGAGAGAUUCAGAAAAGCUUACCAGUAUUAUGUCCCAAAUAGAAGGUUUCGGUACCAAUGUUAGGAGAGCUGUAGAUAUAGUGGGGCCAGUAAAAGCUGACCGAGAGUAUCAACUGAUUGUGGAAGCCAACAAUCUUGCUCAAGAAAUAGACAGUGAAAUUGUGACUGUACAUAAGUUUGUUCGAGACAAAUACCAGAAACGGUUUCCGGAACUUGAUUCUUUAGUUGUUAGUCCAUUAGAAUAUCUAAGAACAGUGAAAGAACUGGGAAACGAUUUGGAUCAAGCCAAAAAUAAUGAAAUAUUGCAACAGUUUUUGACUCAGGCAACCAUUAUGGUUGUGUCUGUAACUGCUUCUACAACACAAGGAACCUUGCUUUCCAAGUUUGAGAAAGAACAAAUUGAUGAAGCCUGUAACAUGGCAAUGGAAUUGAACAAUUUCAAACUGAGGAUAUAUGAGUAUGUGGAAAGCCGAAUGGCAUUCAUGGCUCCAAACAUAACUGUUAUUCUUGGUGCUUCGAUAGCUGCUAAAAUUUUGGGCGUUGCUGGAGGUUUGACCAGGCUAUCCAAAAUUCCUGCCUGUAAUGUACUACUUCUAGGAGAGGAGAAAAAAUCUCUUUCUGGUUUUUCUCAGUCGACAAUGUUGCCUCAUACAGGUUUUAUCUAUUAUUCUGAUAUUGUUCAGAAUACUCCACCAGAUUUGAGAAGAAAGGCUGCGAGAUUAGUAGCCUCAAAAUGUACCCUGGCAGGACGAGUUGAUGCUUGCCAUCAGAGUGCUGACGGUAGAAUAGGGAGGCAGCUACGGGAUGAAAUUGAACGAAAAUUAGACAAACUUCAGGAACCUCCACCGGUAAAAUUUGUCAAACCCCUUCCCAAACCUAUAGACCAGUCAAAAAAGAAGAGGGGAGGAAAGAGAGUAAGAAAAAUGAAGGAGAGGUAUGCGCUAACAGAAUUUAGAAAGCACGCCAAUAGACUAAACUUCGCAGAUAUUGAAGAUGAUGCUUAUCAAGAAGACUUAGGCUACUCAAGAGGAACAAUUGGCAAAGCAGGAACUGGAAGGAUAAGGUUGCCCCAAGUUGACGAAAAAACCAAAGUUAGAAUAUCCAAAACUCUACAGAAAAAUCUACAAAAACAGCAAAUUUAUGGUGGAAGUUCCACUGUGAAAAAACAAAUAUCUGGUACUGCUUCUAGUGUCGCAUUUACUCCCCUCCAAGGACUGGAAAUUGUCAAUCCACAAGCAGCCGAGGUUAAAGUGAACGAACUGAGUGCUAAGUAUUUUUCAAACACAUCAGGAUUUUUGAAAUUGGAUAAAAAAUAAGUUGUAUAGAUUCAAAAUUAAAAAACUUUUUUCAUAUUUUUGUAUAUUCUGCACCUAAUUAUAGUUUAUAUUGCUAGUCAA